AAUGCCUGAAUGUGUUUCUGGAUGAGGGGGGUGGUGUUUUAAUUCUUGACAUGCUCUUCUCAGCAUGUUUUGCUAGUCGUUCUGAAUCUUUAUGUUUGCAAAUUCUGUUGAAAAUUUGGUCAUGUAUUUAAAAUGAGAAUGUCAUCUCUGACAUAGUGUGAAUGUUUCGGACCGGAUUCUAUUUUGGAACAUGUGGCUUUGUUUUCAAUUUGAGUAGAAAGUUUUGAACUUCAUCGUCCAGAUUUUAGGUUUAUUUAGUGGAAUUAUGCCAGGUAGUGGACCAGUUUUGGGAAAUGAAGGUUAACAAUGUGGAUUUGACUCUAGAUAAUCCUGUACUCAAAACUGCAAGUUAAAGGCUCACAUCAUUAGAGUUGCUUGUUUUAUGUUGUCAGAUCUUUAAAUGUGGAUGAUGUUCGGCAUUGUAUCUAUGAAUUUCCUUUAGGAAAAGAGAAAAAUUUAGCUUCUAAACCUUUUCUUAGAGGCUAAAUUUACUACUUAUGGAAAACUAAAAAAAUUAGAAAAUGGUUUUGGGGUUUUUUUUAAUGGAGUUUAACCAGCUUAAUUAAUUCUUUUUUCAUAGUUUGAAGCUCUUAUUUCCCAAAGGUGAAUAAAGGGAAAGAUCAGCAUUUUCCUUUCCAAUCCCCUCUUUUUUAGGCAGUUUUUUGUUUUCUACCCCCAUUUCCCAAUCUUGAUAUAAAAUACAUUACGGGUAUCUCUCUAAGUCCUUGUAACCCUUUUUGGGGGGUCAUAGUACCUUUAAUAAUUUGAUGAAAGUGAUGGACCCUCUCCCCAGAAAAAAAAAUGCACAUACACAGAUAAUUUUGCAUACAACCUCAGGGGCAUCACACAUCUUCUGAAACCCAAGUUAAGGAUCUCUGCUCUAAGUAAACUCUGUAGAGAAGAUUAUAAUACCAGUAUUUGAUAAAAUUAGGAACUAACUAUUGGCUUAAAACAUUUGAGAUGGAAUUAAUUAUUAUUAGAUGGUGGCCCCUACUAUCAAAAUGUGUCAUUGCAACCAGCUUUGUUAAAUUUUAUAACAUCCAGACAGAAGGAAAAAAGAAGCAAAGUUCUGAGAGCUAUUCAUAAGCAGUCAGGGCAUCUCUAGACAUGGGAGCCAUUCCUGGUUCAAGACAGGGGUCAGGGUGCCUGACAAUUUCUAGCAGGGUAGAGUUUGAUAAACCACAAUGCUCAGGAUGCCAAGGGGUUAGCCAUUAUCUUAACCCCUUCUUCACCAAAAGAAUUUAGUUUUGUCUGUUGGGAAACAAGAUGUUACUAGGGAAAAAAAGAUUUGCCUUACAACUUUGCUGGAACACAUCAAUUUGGUGAUGUAUGGGACACUAGUAUUAUUUUUGAGAAGGUGCAUAAAACCAAAGUAAAUUAUUCUCUAUGUAGAACAUUAUUUACUAGUAAUAUUUGUUUGGGUGUAUUAGCUUUGACAAUUUUUACCAGUAAAUACUGAUUUAUUUAAAACUGGGAAUCCAGUUUAUAAAUAGGAUAGUUAAUAUAUCCAUUCUUUCCCCCAUGUAAAGAAUAGAUUUAUGCAUACUUUUUACUUUUCUCUCUUGAUGCCAUUGGGGGGGGGAUCUUUGAGUCAACAACUGACAAAAUGUCUUCAAAUUUUAAAAAUUGAGAAGCAGCACUUUAAGUCUAACUCUACACCAUUUUAGUGCAUGUAUUAGUUUUAAUAAUGAUUUUUGGUGCAUGCCUUUGGGCUUAUUCAAAAGUGUACAAUAGGAAAGUAUAUUUCCUUUCUUAGAAAGGAGAUGUUUUUCUACUUUGCAACAUGUGAUUACAAGAAUCUUCCUCUGUGGGAAGAUUAACCAUGUAUUGAACUACUGAAAAGUAUAUAUUUUUAGAUAUACAGAAGGAAUCUACAUGGAGCUGCAUUCAGACCUAUAUAGAAGUUAUAGCAUUCUGUAUAGGACCAAAAAAGGAAGUAACAUUAAACACUUAAACAGACUUUGUUGGGUAGAAAUACCUUUUGAUCUUGCAUUGACUUCCAAAAAGAAAAUGCCACAGAAGUUUGCUGAAACUUUUGUUGUUUGAAUUUUCUCUGUCAGUGUAUUUAGCCCAAAUACAACAGCUUUGGGUUAGCACAUAUAUAAGAAUCAAAAAAACAAAACUAAAUAUAUCAGCCUGGUUUGCCAAUCCAGCUUGACUGAAAUAAGUAAACUAAUCACUUGCAACAUGAAAAACUGUCCAACUCCUCUAAGGUUUUGACCAAAUAACCUUGGCUAAUGUGGGAAGACUCCCACUUUAUUUCUGACCUGACAGUGAAGAUUCAUGCUUGACAUGAUUUCAAACCUGACAGUGUCUGUUUAAGGAGCCAUGGUACAGUUUGCUAAUUCAAUCCCAGAUACCUGUUGAUUACCUGUGAGAUCUAGAGUCCAAAGUAGCCAGCAGCCGUAUCCCUGAGUGCUCUGUGCCCAUCAGAUACCUUAAAGUAAGCAGGGUUGGGACAGGUCACAGCUUGGAUGAUUGACCUCAGGUGCCAUAGACAGCCCCAGAUUCAAGAAUCGUAUCUGCUUUCUUGGGAGUGGUCACUGAACUUAUGUCCCACACUGUGUUACUUAUUGUAGAUGCUCUCUCUUAGAGAAGGCCCAGAGCACACAUCCUAAUUGCUGGUGGCACUCAGAGAGGGGGUGCUAACUCUGAUGCCCUAGCCAAAUUCCAGUUUAGGGAUGUGGGUCUUCUUCUUGUCAUUCUAAUUGAAAAUGUGCAUAACUUCCCAUUUUCCUGUUGAUGACAGUGCAAACUACACUAAUCUGUUUUUUUGCCCCGUCCCAAGUCUCUUAAGAUACUGAUGUGUAUGUACUAUAUGGACCAAGUUCAUGCCUUAUCCUAAUGGACAGGAAUUGAGGAAUGAGUAAGCUUGGGACUUUUAUGAUGCUGUGGGGAUGAAAUCAGCCCCCUUUUGGCAUAAAUUAGGGAAUGUGCACUGGCUGGAGGUUUCCAGCCAUGAGGUAUAAGCUGAAUCCAAUUUUCCCUCUUUUCUUAUAGCAUGAUGAGAAAAUCUGUUGGGUUUUCAGCAGUCAGGGAAGGCCGGAGUUCUGCAGCUUUAAUCUGGGUAACUGAGGCUGGUUUGAGCAAGACUUUGGUUAAUUAACUGGGUUCUCAGAUGCCACAGACUCCGUGAGAAGUCACCAUUAUUUUCAAUGGUUGUGAUAGAAUUUCCCCCUAGUAGCCAUUAUUUUAAGAUUAUAUUGCAGAGUUGCUUUAUUUUGAGCUUUUUGUGUAUACACAAUCCCAAACUGGAAGAAAUUUAAAAAAAAGGAAUCCUGCUGUGAAAGGUAUAUAUUACUCUAGAUUUUUCUUACUGUAAAUAUUGUAAGAUUGUAAUACUGUUGAUAUUUUAUUAACCAACAAAUGUUAAUCUAUGUGAAUUCAGACUUAUUUUAAAUGUGCUUCUUAUUUACUGUGUGUGGUCCCUGUUGCUGACAGUAUUAAGUUAUAUUCUGAUGUAAGAUUAACUUUAUUAAAGAAUGUAAACAUAAUGUUUCCUUAUGGGAAAACAAAUAAAGUAUAAAGAAGACAAUUCUUUUCAUUGAAAUAUACUGUGUAUUUACACUUGCUAGACCCAGCACCACUUAUAAAUUUAGUACACUGUUCAGAAUUUUAGUUAACACAGCUGACAUGGUUGUGCUCUGUUGGAAAGCCUAAGAGUAGGUAUUGUUGGAAUAUAUGCAGUUUGUAUUUGUCUGCUGUGAAUCAUAAUGUUGAAAUUUCUAAUCAAGUUUGUAAGCUUUUAUAGUAAAACAUUUUAAUGACAAUUUAAAAAUUUAUCUUCUCUAAAGAUUGGUCAAAACAAGAUUCUUUCAGAAAUAGAAUUGUUCUUUAAUAUCUUUCCAAAAUGACUUUGGUUAAAUGGACCAGAUGUGUAUUAGUUAAAAUUUAGAACUAAGUUGUUGAUAUUCUUUGAGUUUACAAGUUAAUCCUUAUUGGAGAUGUGCCAAUAUACAGUAGAAUAUCAUUAAUUUGCACUGUUUGGGGACCCCAUUUAAGAAUGCUGAAUUUUGCCAACUAAAAAGUAAGCAAAUGCAAUUUAAAAAGUAAAUUUGAGCAUUCUGUAUUAAAUAUGUGCAGUUAUUAUCACAUGAAGAAGCGCAGUGUGUCGGGCUGUAAUAUAACCAUAUUUGCUGUCAUGUUCUCCCAUCUCAGUGCUGGGAACUCACCAUGUGGAAACCAAGCAAACGUGUUGUGCAUCAGCCGGCUUGAGUUUGUUCAAUAUCAAAGCUGAAACUAGCGAGGUCUGCUGUACUGCUUAUUGAAGUAUUGUGAUUCUUUUAGGCAUUGAUUCUUACAAAAUAUAUACUGUAACAGUAUACUUUGUACAGAUUUAAAUUUUAUUUGAAAAAAUGAAAUAAAGUAGGCAAAAAAUAAAGAUGUUUAUUUUUCAUGUGACUAUAUAAA